AUGCGGUGGGGUAGCUUCACCCUGGAUUCAGAGGUUACACUAUGGGCGGUCUCCAAGAUGGGAAGCAAAUCUCCCAGAAAGGCUCAGGAUUGGUUUGGGACCAUAGUUGAGUUUGUGGCCUUGAAGGAGUUGAGAAUGCCGGUGCGUCAUAUUUUGGACUCUACGGUGGGUAAGGAGCCUAAUCUAGCUCUGAGCGAGAUCCUCCCGUCUGGUCUUGCGGUCCUCGUUCUUACCAAGGCUGAUUUCGUUGAUUAUUCUUUGCUUGGGGGACAGCUGAGGCGCCUGUUGGAUGUCAGAGAGCGGCAGUUUUCUUCUUUGCGGAAUACUGCUGACGUUUAA